UUGGCUGCUCCCACCCUGCACCUUUGUUCGGCUCCACCCAGUGUCUCCUGGCUGCAACCUGCCUGUCUGGUGGCCUCAGAGGCUGCUCCAGCUGGGCUGAGAUGGCAUGGCCCCAGGUCAGGCUGUGGCUGAGGAGGCUCUGGGUGCUGGUGCAGGUGGCUGCAGAGGUGGCUGUGGGCAAGGUGCUGAUGACACUCUUUCCGGAGCGAGUGAAGCAGAGCAUCCUAGCCAUGGGCCAGAAAACUGGUUUGGCCCAGAACCCCCUCUUCACCCAUGACAACUGGAUCCCCACAUUCUUCAGCAUCCAGUACUUUUGGUUCAUCCUGAAGGUUCGUUGGCAGCGACUGGAGGAUGCCACUCAGCCAGGGGGUCUGGCCCCAAACUGCCCCGUGGUCUGCCUCUCGGGACAGGAGUGCCACAUCUGGGACUUCAUGCAAGGUAACCGGCCUCUGGUGCUGAAUUUUGGAAGUUGCACCUGACCUUCAUUUCUUUCCAAAUUCAACCAAUUCAAGAGACUUAUUGAAGAUUUUAGCUCCAUUGCAGAUUUUCUCAUCAUUUACAUCGAAGAGGCGCACGCAUCAGAUGGCUGGGCUUUUAAGAACAACGUGGACAUCAGGAAUCACCGGAACCUCCAGGAACGCCUGCAGGCGGCGCACCUGCUGCUGCCCAGGAGCCCCCAGUGCCCUGUGGUGGUGGACACAAUGCAGAACCAGAGUAGCCAGCACUACGCUGCACUGCCCGAAAGGCUCUACGUACUCCAGCAGGGCAGGAUCCUCUACAAGGGUCAGCCUGGUCCUUGGAACUACGACCCAGAGGAAGUCCGCGCUGUCCUGCUAGAGCUCCACAGCUAACCUGCACAGAAGUCCCUCCACCCCCUGCCCAGUCCCCAGUAGCCAAAAGGAGGGGCCCUCCAGGAGUGACUGUCCCUUCCUUGCCACUGGCCUUUGCCUGGGACCCAUGUUUGCAGCUGAAACCACUGGCUCAAAUAUUCCUGCUCCCAGUGAGGCAGGGUGUCCAGUCAAGACCAAUGGCGAUGCUCACCCCAACAGCUUAUUAAAGCCCCCAAGAUGCCACAUGGUUCCCACAGUGGGGACAUGGUCCUGGCCCAGCACCUUCCACAGAAAGUGUCCCCAGUCAGGUGCUGAGAUGGAGGAUGGGAUGUCAGAUGACAUCCACAGGUCACCUACAUUCAUUCAGUUACAUUUGCCAUUCAUGAAAUGGCUCAUCCAAGACACCAAAAAAAAUUUUUUUUCUUUUAGUAGGGGAAGAAUUCUUGAUGAUAAAGAGAGAUGAGCAAUUGGAAGAGGAGGGGGAACAGAAAAGAACAUUUUUGUAGACAGUGUGGUGCUGGUGCUGGUGAGGGGUGAGCUUCCAUGAUAACACAUCUCCAGGACUACCCAGAGGAGGAGAGAACUCACACUACCACCUUGGACUAUACACAGAAAUCUGCUGCUACCCUGGAACCUUCUGCUCAUGUCACUUUUCAACAGUCAUUUUAAUGGGAGGCUUGGCUUUCCAAAGAAAGCAUCCCAGCCUUGGUCAGCCCAGAUAACACCAGGAGCACCGUCACGUGCCUGGGCAGGAGGUUGGGUCUGGAAUUUUCUUUAAUUUCUUUGCAAGUCUCUUAGUCGUCAUUUGGGUCCAGAGUCCCUCACACCAUUGGUCACCAUUGGUGAUCACAUGUUGCCAGUCUGUGUCUUUCACAUUUGUUUAUGACGGCCACAGCCUAAAGUCUACAUGGUUGUGGCUUGAUUUGGGG